AUGCAGCAGAGCUGGGGGCACCCCCCAUUCUCGGAGCCGGGGGUGGGGCUGUGUCAGCUGCUGCAAUCCGGCCGCGGGUUUGAGUAAUUCGAGCCCGGGAGUGGCGCAAUCCCACUCGGCCGAGGCAGGGGUUAUUGCGAGGGUGAACCUCCGCGUGUCGUCACGGCAGGGAAAGCGGAGGGGGCGGCGCUGUAGCCGGGGCAUGUUGCAAUCCGGAGUGAGUUCAGCGUCAGCCGCGCCGGGCGCCGGAGGGGAGGCGAGCGGCGGCGGAGCGGCACGGGGGUGGGGUAGCCCCGAUUAGCUCGGGUUUACAUCAUCCGCCGGGAUCUGGGGCUCGGAGCCAGGGGGCCGGGCGAUAUGAGUCUAAACGUGCAGGUGAUCCCUGUAGCGUCUCCACUGAGGAAGAAACGGCUGGACUUCGAGGAUACCCCUGACUCCGAGCCCUCAAAGCCCAAGCGCCCACGGUUGGGUCCCGUGUCAGGACUCACCCCAUGCCUGCAGCCCCUUGUGCGGUCCCCUUGUGCCGUGGAACAGGACUCCAGGGUCUUGCAGAUUGGACCGUACAUCCUUCUGGAGCCCAGGGAAGGGGGCCGCUCCUACAGGGCUGUGCACAGGCACACAGAGGCGGAGUACAGCUGCAAGGUUUAUCCGGCAAGGAGUUACCCAGAGACGAUAGCCCCUUACGGGCACCUCUCGCCCCACCCCAAUGUGGCCCAGGUUACCGAGGUGAUCCAAGGGGACCAGAACGUCUACGUCUUCUUCCAGCCCGGCGGAGGUGACAUGCACAGCCACGUCCGCCGGUGCAAGCGCCUGCCCGAGAGAGAGGCCGCUGGGCUCUUCCGACAGAUGGCCGAGGCGGUUGCCCACUGCCACGACCACGGGGUCAUCCUCCGAGACCUCAAACUCCGCAAGUUCCUCUUUGUAGACAGGGAGAGCACAAAGCUGGUGUUGGAGAACCUGGAGGACGCCUGUCUUCUGAGCGGCCCGGAUGACUCUCUGUCGGACAAGCACGGCUGCCCGGCGUACGUGGGCCCGGAGAUCCUCAGCUCCAAGAACUCUUACUCAGGGAAGGCGGCUGACGUGUGGAGCCUGGGCGUGGUGCUCUACACCAUGCUGGUGGGGCGAUACCCCUUCCAGGACACUCAGCCUGCCAUGCUCUUCAGCAAGAUCCGCCGGGGCGUCUUCUCCAUCCCGGACGGCCUCUCCCCCAAGGCCAGGUGCCUCAUCCGAUGCCUCCUGCGCAAGACCCCGGCUGAGAGACUGACGGCCCAGGAGAUUUUGCUCCACCCCUGGCUAGCGAGCGGUGGUGCUGGCUCCGAGGACUCCUGCACAAACCCCUCUGGGGAGCAGGGGAUGGAGCAAGUUGUGCCAGACACCUGGAGCCAAAAGGACGAGGAGGACGAGGAGGAGGAAGAUCUGCACAGUUAA